AUGCGACUGCUGAUACAAGGCCAAGAGGGGCCUCUUGAGCGGACUCAGCAAGCCGCAUCAUCGCCCCAGGGCCAAGCCCGAGCGCUGCGCCAGGGGCGCCUUGGACAAGUCCGAUCAGGGGGAGAUAAUGGAGCAUCUCCGUUGCUGCAGACACCACCGCCGACUGCUCUGACGGCUCCAUCGCCCCAACCUCCACUCCCUAGCGCACCAGACACACGUGGAGCUGGUCCAGUACGUAUGACAGCAGCGUCAAACACGUCCCCACGUGCAUUACGCGCUGCUCGACGCGGAGAGGAGUUGCAGCCACACGAGCAGCGACGCGGGGAGCCGGUGGGACGGGAGGGAAUAGCAGCACCAGAGGAGUUGGCGGAGGACCAGGAGGCGGGGGGCGAUGCGGCUACGGCCACGGCGGCAGUGGGAAAUGGCGCAACGGUGACUGAGUCGGAGGCGGUUGAGGUUGUGGUUGUUGCGGGGCCGGAGGGGGUUGCUGCUGAGGCGACUGGGGCGGAGGUUGCUGUUGAGUCUGACGGGCCUGACGCUGCCUUUGGCGGCGGCUCAGCCUCACCCUCUGCCAUCCCCCAGGCGUGGCAGCCGGAGGAGCCGGGACCAGCAGUGGCUCUGGAACGGACCAAGGAGGUGGAGCUGGCGGCUUCACCGGAGCCUGUAACGGCGUCUGUGCUGGUCGCGGCGGUGACAGCGGCGGCAGGGGAACGGGACAGAGCCUGGGCCGAGGAGGAUGCGCCGACUGCCGCUGCGAGCGCCGGAACGUCUACUACUACCGAGGGCGCAAGCAAGCAGGGGCACAGUCGGGGGGGGAGCGAUAGACGGGGUCACGGACCCGGCGGGACUGCCGGCGCCGCCCGCGGGAAGAUGAAGCUUCGAGCCCAGCCAGCACCGAGGCGGCCUAGAGCAGGGCUGGGACCUGGUCCCCUGGGACCCCUCCUGGGCUGGCUUCUGCAAGGGCAGUUGCCACAAGGGCAAGAGCGUCAGUGGCCAUCUGUGGGGACAAGUGGCGGGGACAUGGAGGCAGGGAAUGAUGAGCGUUUAGGGGUGAACCAUAUCCUCUCGUCACGCAGGGUGCGUCAAGGGGACCCGCUCGGUCCACUACUCUUCGCGGCCGCGAUUCAACCAUGCCUGCUAAGCACGGCGACCUUCUUACCGGAAGUCACGAUAGUGGCCUAUGCCGACGACAUAACGAUAGUGGGGCCGAAGGAGGCUUGCUACGAGGCCUUUGGGGCCAUUACAAGGGAGUUGGCAACGCUCGGCCUCCGUUGCAACAUCGCAAAAUCGUCGGCAUGGGGACAAUCGCUCGCGGAUGACGGCGGCACGGCAGCUCCCAUCGGCCUGCAGCAGAUCGCAGAUGGGAUUCGGGUUCUAGGCAGCCUAGUCGGCUUGCCUGCCUUCUGCACCACCCAAGCACAGACAAGGCUCGAUGAGGCGUCGGCCCCGUUACCUCUGGUGGCGCAGCUCCACCUGCAGAGCGCAAUGCUCAUCCUCACGAGGAGCGUAUCCCGCCGAAUCUCCUACUUUCUGCGGACGACACCGGCGGAAGUCCUGGGGAGAGAGGGGUGGAGGGGCUGGAGUGAGACUCUGAUGGCAGCAGCACUAGCAGUGGCGAAGCUUCGGGUACCUAUUGACGAGCUGGAGAGGAGUCUGUUAUGGCGCCAGGGGACUCUGCCGGUCAGGUUGGGAGGUUUGGGGAUUAUUGACCCCGUCUCCGAGGCACCUGCUGCCUACAUUGCCUCGGCCACGGCGGCGCAGCAGUUGCUGCGGUAG